AGAAGAGGCAUCAUCAAUCAUUAUCGCGGCCAAACAACCGCAAUUUGUUCCAUGGCGAAGAGCCGGGGCCUGGUGCGACACGCCGUCAAGGCCGUGAAGCAGCAGAACAAGGCGAAGAGCAACUCGCAGGGAACGCCCUCGUCGAAGCCCGGCACGGUACGCGGAGCUCCGACAGCCAAGAAGCAGAAGACGGGCCAUCAGGACGAGAUCAAGGGCAGUAACAAGAAGAACAAGAAGAACAAGACUGCAAAUGGCCGCCAGCAGAAGAAUCAACAACCCACCAUCCCCUUCGCCCCCUCCGACCGGAUCCUCCUCGUCGGCGAGGGCGACCUCUCCUUCGCCGCGUCCCUCAUCACCCACCAUCACUGCACCAACGUGACCGCCACCGUCCUCGAACCCAAUUUUGCCGAGCUCUCUGCCAAGUACCCGCACGUCUCGGCUAACACGGCCGUCAUCGAGUCCCCCGACCACCCGAACUGCCGCCUCCUAUACGGCAUCGACGCCCGCAAGCUGCCCCCCUUCACCUCCAGGCCCAACACCAACACCAACACCAACACCAACAACAACAACAACAACCACAACAGGAGCAAGGGCAAGCCCGACCACGAGCCCCCCGUCGGCGCCAUGAAGCGUAUCAUCUUCAACUUCCCCCACACGGGCGGCAAGUCCAAGGACGUGAACCGGCAGGUGCGCUACAACCAGGAGCUGCUCGUCGACUUCUUCCGCCGCGCCCAGCUGUCGCUCGCGCCCGGCGGCACCAUCAUCGUCACCCUCUUCGAGGGCGAGCCGUACACGCUCUGGAACAUCCGCGACCUGGCCCGCCACGCCAGCCUGCAGGUCGAGCGGAGCUUCCGCUUCGUCGCCGCCGCCUACCCCGGCUACGCCCACGCCCGCACCCUCGGCGUCGUCCGCAACCGGAGGGGCGAGGUGGCCACCUCGGCCUGGAAGGGUGAGGAUCGCCCCGCCCGGAGCUACGUCUUUGUCCGCAAGGGCGAGAGCUCCGACGAGGCCCCGGUGGGAGCCAAGAAGAGAAAGAGGGGCGGGGAGAGCAGUAGUGAUGAUGAUGAUGAGGAUGACGAGGAUGACGAGGAUGAAGAGGAUGACGGAGGGGGCGAGGCGGGGGAGGACGAGGACGACAAUGACAAUGACAACGACAACGACAACGACAACGACAACGACAACAACAACAACAACAACAACAACAACAACAACCAGGAACGUGAGCAGGAGGGCGCCAGAGAGGGAGAAGGGUCGGAGGACGACGACGAAGGGGACGAGGUCAAGCCUGACGCCGGGCAAGGUUUAAGCGACGGGGACUGAGACGCGGGCGUGUCUUUCCCUUGAGGAUCCCAUUCUCAAACGCACCUCU